CCCGCCUUUUUGAUGUUGCGUCGCUGCCUCACGUGGCCUCCCUCUAAUCAAUUCUUUUGUGCUUGCUGUUUGAGCCGCCGACACUGUCUCUGCCACGAGUACUUCACCACCAUGGCCGGACCAGAACAGUCACCCUCACCCUCGCCGAGAUCGCGUGUGCUCGUUUACAUCCUCCGGCAGGAUGUUCGCCUCUCCGACAACCCCAUCUUCCAUGCAGCUUCUACCCUUUACGCUGGGGGCAUGGUGGAUUCGCAGCUGGAUGCUAAUUGCAACCCUCGCAACGACUCUCCUCUUUCACACCAGCAUACACCCCAUUUUACACAUUUUCUACCUGUAUAUGUUUUCCCUGCAAACCAAGUCGAGGUUUCUGGGUUCAUAGCGAACCCUGCAGAUCCGAGUCCGUAUCAGGAAGCCCGGAGCCAGAUAGCUGGACUAUGGCGAACGGGACCACACCGCGCAAAGUUCAUGGCCGAAGGAGUAUGGGAUCUCAAACAGCAGCUGGAGAACUUAGAUUGUGACUCUGGACUGCAGAUAAGAGUUGGAUUGGUUGAGGAUGUGGUGCAAAAUAUUCUCGACUGGUACGCGGGUGGCGAAGAAAGCACUAGCAGUGGCGAAACAGACGUUGUAGGUAUAUGGAUGACAUCGCACGAGGGCUCAGAGGAGAAGACCACGGAAGCCAGAGUGAAGCGCCUAGCAAAACGUAGCAAUGUCGACUUCAAGCUUUGGGACGAUGAGAAAUACUUCGUGGACGAUCAGGAUCUUCCCCUCGACCACAUCUCAGAGCUUCCCAACGUCUAUACGACCUUCCGAAAAUCUUUGGAGCCUUUGCGUUCAAAACCACGCAAAUUGAUACCCGCCCCGACACAUAUGCCUCCCUUGCCUCCUAACAUACCCCCACAAGAGAGCCCAUUUGAGAUACCAUCGAGUUUGACAGGUCUGACUAAAGCACUACUUUCGCCUCUGGAAGAUGACUUAGCCCACGGCCUAAAACACGCGCCACGCUGGCCCGAGAAUGUCGACUCUGCGCAUCCGUUCGGAGGCGGAGACCAAGCUGCGCAAAAUCGGCUCACCCACUUGAUCUCUUCAGGUGCCAUGAGCUCGUACAAAGCCACUAGGAAUGGAAUGCUCGGCGCGGAUUUCAGCACAAAGCUUUCUGCAUAUUUGGCACAGGGUCACCAGACUGCAAGGCAAAUUCAUUGGGCCAUGAUCGAUUUCGAAGAAGGAAGAGGCCCUGGCGAAGAUAUUAGUGGCUACGGGAAAGGUGAAAAUGAUGGAACAGCCGCGGUCCGAUUUGAACUCCUCUGGCGUGAUUACAUGCGACUGUGCGCGCGCAAAUUCGGCUCUGGAAUGUUUCGACUUUACGGUGUGCAUGAGGCACGCAAAUCCUCAAAAUGGGGUGCAGAUGGGGAAAAGGGACGUAAGCGUUUCAAGCUACUGAACAAAAGUGGUGGCGCAGGCGACAAUCCGGAAAAAACACGGGAGGUCUUUGAACGAUUCAGAUCAGGGCGCACCGGUCUUGGUCUUAUUGAUGCCUCAAACCGUGAGCUCUUUUUGACGGGCUACACAUCAAAUCGUGCACGGCAAAACGUGGCCUCCUUUCUGGCUUCGCAUCUUGGCAUUGAUUGGCGCGUUGGUGCUGAAUGGUACGAGUACCUUCUCACUGACUACGACAUCGCCAACAAUUGGGGGAACUGGCAGUACGUGGCUGGAGUAGGCAAUGAUCCACGGCAGGGCCGUGUCUUCAACCCAGUGAAACAAGCGCUCGACUACGAUAAGAACGGAGAAUACAUCAAGGCGUGGGUGCCAGAGCUCAGGGGAGUAGAACUGAAGAAAAACACGCGAAGCGGUAAUGAGGAAAUUGAUCAAGAGAAACUGAUGGGCUUGUAUCAGGCGUGGAGGCUUCCAGAGGAUGAAAAGCAAGCUCUUGGGCUGAAGGGUGUGGAUUGGGUGGAGCAACCGCUGGUCAGAAUACAAUUUUCGGUAGGGCGAGGCAGGGGACCGCAAAGUUCAGAGCCUAGGGGUAGAGGAAGGGGAAGGGGAAGAGGAUGGAAGGGAGGGAACAAGAGCAAUGGAAAGGGGUCCCGUCGUUUAGGUAAUGAGGACAAGCGGAAGAUGAGUGCUGAUGGAGAUGAAGAGUAGGAUGGUAUUCGUAGGAGCUGCAAAAUCACUACUGCGGUGAUAAAUCUCAAAGUCUCGCAUUCCUUGAAGAAAACCAAUUACCUAGGUAUUCCUUUCACUCACGCGCACGUGUUCAAUUGCUGGACCUGUGAUAUAUCCCACGUGACCAGUCUUGAAAGGCCAGCCAUCAACGUGGAGCCUUCAAAGAUUUGAUACACAUCUGAAUGCAUCAUAAACUAAUUACGUGGAUCUCUUGUUCCAUGAAUGCGUGCAUGCAUGUGUGACAUCUUGUGCAUGAGUAAAAUCCCCGCCUGAGUCCAAAAUAGAUGACGAUUAUGUCCGACCACAACAUGCAUCGGAUCUCGAGUGUCAUUCUGCAUACAUCGCAAUGGUCUGGAGCAUGGCCAUUCAAAAGACAGUUCGCAUGACGUUUGUCUGAAUCAUCAUAUCUCCACAGUAUCGCAGAUCCCAGAUCAAUAAAAGCCAUUGAUCUGCCUGGAGAAAUUCAAAUCUCGGUAGAGUCGAGUCCAUGAUGUCAAUACUUUGUGAUCAUCGUAGUGUGUGAUUCGUGGGCGCUUCGCCUCACCAACGGAUGCGCAGUGUGUUCCCUCAGCCAACGAGAUGGCAGCUAAGUGGUAUUUUUCUUAUACUUAUUCAUUUAUGAGUCUUAUCACAGAUCGUUCGGUUCUUCGUACUUCUUUUCAUAGUUGGAUGAUUUCAAAUUUUCAUUUUCCUGGUUGCUGGGCGGGUGUCGCAUAUGCGCCAGGCUUCACGCGCGUAAAAUGUAAAAUGCCAAAAGCUAGCUCAAGCCUCUGCAUAUAUAUAUCUCAACACAAUGUUGCCGGAAAUAGCUCCUAUGUAUCAGUUUUCAAUUGCAAUGAUCCGGGUAUAGCAGUAGGAAGGAUUAAGGUUCCUAGAAUUCAGAAUUUUGUCGA